AAACAACUAAACAGCCAACCAAGCAAACAGCCAGUCAGGCAGCCAACAACAGUCAACAGUCAGCCAGCCAGCAUCUGUAAAGCCAAGUUAUUAUAAAGUUGGCAUUUAAAUAGUUAGUACGGUUUGGGUGUUCACAGUGAUCGGUUGAUUAACGAAAAAAUAAGCUCUCGUGGAAAAGUAGAAAAUUAAAAAAAUAAAACGCUGGAUAAAGUUGAAAUAAAAAGUAGUGAUUUAGUUUUUGUCUGUGUUGCAAAAUCUAACACAAGAAGUGAAUUUGAGUGCAUUAUUACCAAAUAACGGUCAGAAACGGCCUUAAUUUAAAUAACUCAAAAAAAAAAAAAAAAUAGUUCAAUUAAAAAAAGCAUUUAAAAAUAUGCUGCAUCCGCUUUUAAGCCCAAAAAUGCUUUAUGUAUAUGGAUUAAUCUGUUUAAGUUUGAUCCCAUUUACAAAUGCUUCAUUUCCAUAUUUUGGUACAAAAAUUGGUUCAUUAAAGCGCUUACAUCAUGGUGUUUCCGGCGAUGUUUACGCAGUUGAUUCGAGAACAAUAUUUGUGAAAAAAUUUAACUACGAUGGUGAAGCACCAGCUGCCUAUUUCUAUGUGGGCAAUACCAACAAACCCAGCAAUGAGGGAGCUUAUCGUUUGCGUGACGAAAGAGGAGGCGCUGCUGCUUUAACCCGCCGCUAUAGAAACAAGGAUAUAACCUUAUCCUUACCCGAAGGCAUUAGUCUUAAAGACAUUAAAUGGUUUUCGGUAUGGUGUGAUGAAUUUGCUGUUAAUUUUGGUGAUGUCACCAUACCCAGUAAUUUGGAUUUUCCCCGGCCGCAAAAAAUUAACAAUUUAAAUGGUGUACAUGAUGUUAAAUCCGAUAAUAUUGUUAUAGUCGAUGCCCAAACCUUAUUAGUGCCAAAUUUUAGCUAUGAUGGUGAAGCUCCCGAUGCCAAAUUUUGGGUUGGUCAAGGUGAUCGUCCCUCACCCAAUGGCUUGCGUAUACCCGAUGAGAAUGGCAAAGAAGAUCCCUUAAGACGUUAUGAUCGCAAGACCAUUGUACUCACCCUACCCGAUGAUUUGACCAUUUUCGAUAUUGGUCAUUUUGGUGUUUGGUGUGAAGCAUUCACUGUCGACUUUGGUCAUGUUCGUAUACCGAAAAAUUUGAAUGUCCCACCCUCUCUUAAAAUGUUGGGUAUUAGUCCUCAGUCAAAACUUAAUUGUGAAGUCUUAUAUGAUGAUAAGGCUUUCGAAGUACGCUGGGCAAUGGCUGGUGAUAGUAUCGUCGUACAAUUGGUGGCAAAAUUAGAUGAUAAUGAAUAUAUGGCAUUCGGUAUUUCACCGGACAAGGAUCGCAGUGUUAUGAUUGGUUCUGAUGUGGCCGUCAGUUGGGUAGAUAGGGCAACUGGUAAAGGUUAUGCCGUCGAUUACUUUUUGGAAGGUAAAUCUCAAUGUUCGGGUAAACGCGGCAGUUGUCCCGAUGUAAAUAUCGAUGAUAAUACGAAUUCUAUACGUUUACUUAAUGCUGCCAUGGUAAAUGGUUAUUCCAUUGUCACCUAUCAAAGAUCGUUGAAUGCAACAGAUAGAUUAGAUUUACCCAUUGCUAGAAAUGGUUUUGAAGCCAUUGUCUGGGGUAUUGGUCCAUUGAAUGAACGCAAAGAAACCUCAUUCCAUUCGCAUUUUAAUAAACGUACACAUUAUAUUGAUUUCGGAAGACAGCCAACAUGGAAUUGUCCAACACCUGAAGGUCAAAAACCUGGUCCAGAUGACGACGAUGAUGAUGAUGAGGAGCAGCCACAAAAUCAACAAUCAGGCAAAGGUUAUCCUCCUGCCUCGAAACCUUCGAGAGGAGAUGGUGUACCCGAAGAAGAAUUCUAUGACAAUAAUAGGGCACAAGCUUUGCAGGGAGCAAAUAGACGUCAAGAGACUACUAACACAAGAUUAGCACAAAGACGUCCAGUGCCUACUCCUAAACCAGUUAUAAAUGAAAAUGGUGCCUGGGAUAUUCCCGCUAUUCAGUGUUAUGAACCAGAAGACGGUGUAUUCUAUGCUCAAAUGGGUCCUACUGGUGGUAAACAUGGUUAUUCAGCUAUUACAGGUCAUGUUGGUUGGGGUAUAUCAUGGUUCAUUAAUGGUCUAUUGAUUCCUGAGAUUCACGUUGUUCGUGGAAAGACUUAUACUUUCGUUGUAGAAGGUGGCAAUAAUCCUGAUGUACCCGCCAAAUAUCAUCCAUUCUACAUAACUGACGAUCCUAUCGGUGGUUAUGAACAUAAACGUGAAGAAGAAAAGAAGAAUAUACGCAUAUUUGCUGGUGUACACAGAUCACGUUCAGGACAAAUUACUCCCACCGGUGUGGGUCGUUUGUGUAAUUGGACUCCCGAUAUUGAUGGACCACCAGCAGAUGACUACCAAUCGUUUGGAGCCUAUCAACGUACCUUAACAUUGAAAUGUGAUCCCGGUGAGCCUGGUGUUAUUACCUGGAAGCCAGAUCAAAACACACCCGAUACUGUUUACUAUCACUGCUUUACGCAUCGUUAUCUUGGUUGGAAGAUUCAUGUGCAUGAUACGUGUGAUGACGCCCGUUUUGCAGCCUCGGAAAAACAUGCAGUACGCGUGCCGGCACCCGUAGCUGUUCAGGAAGAAGAUGAUGUAGCAGCAGAAGCAUCUUUACGUCAUGAAACAAAGAUGGGAUCCGAGCUGCUGAGGCUCUCGAGGAUAGCAUAUUGAGGCAAAAGCAACAACAACACCAACAGGCAAGUGGGUUAGUAAAUCAAGGUUUGGCCAACAACUAUAUAGUCAACAGCAACACAAACAGUGCUAACGUUAGUCCUUCCUUGGGUACUAGUGCCCCAUCCCCCUCGUCCUCUACACAUGAUGCCUCAAAGACGUCUCAAGCCGGUUCGUCACAUCCGUUGGUGCCACCACAGCAACCGCAUAUAUCAACAAAUCCGCCAGAAACUCUGCAUGGCGAAAC